AAAACUAAGAGAGCAAAAAGGUUUCUUGAGAAGAGAGAACCCAAACUUAAAGAAAAUACAAAAAAUGCUAUGCUCAUAAAGGGAGGAAAUGCAAAUUUAACAGUGACUGAAGUGCUUAAAGACAUUUAUGCUGUGAAGAAACCUUUUGCUGUGCUGUAUAAAAAGAAAAAUAUUACCAGGCCUUUUGAGGAUCAAACAUCACUGGAAUUUUUUUCCAAGAAAUCAGAUUGUUCUUUGUUUCUGUUUGGCUCUCAUAACAAGAAGCGGCCUAACAACCUGAUAAUAGGUCGCAUGUUUGACUAUCAUGUCCUGGACAUGAUUGAACUAGGUGUUGAGAAGUUCGUAUCCCUAAAAGAUGUCAAGAACAGUAAAUGUCCUGAAGGCACAAAGCCUAUGUUGAUAUUUGCUGGUGACAUGUUUGAAGUAAGUGAAGAAUACAGAAGACUGAAGAGCCUUCUUAUUGAUUUCUUCAGAGGUCCUAGCGUGCCCAGUAUUCGUCUGGCUGGUUUAGAGUACGUUCUGCAUUUCACAGCUGUGGAUGGGAAAAUUUACAUGCGAAGCUAUAAGGUGCUUCUGAAGAAAUCUGGCUGUAAAAUACCAAGAAUUGAACUAGAAGAGAUGGGGCCUUCAUUAGAUCUGGUUAUGAGGAGGACACAUUUAGCUUCAGAUGACCUUUAUAAGCUGUCUUUAAAACAACCGAAAGCCCUGAAGCCUAAGAAGAAAAAGAAUAUCUCCCAUGAUGUGUUCGGUACAACUUAUGGUCGAAUCCACAUGCAGAAACAAGAUCUUGGUAAACUGCAGACACGAAAAAUGAAAGGGUUAAAAAAGAGGCCAGCAGAAAAGUCAGCUGAAGAUGGUGGUGUUAGUCCCAAAAAGUCAAAAUCAGCUUGAUAGUCUGGAACAGCUUUGAAAACUCUUUGUACCUUCAAAUUUAGUAUACAUAUUGUAAUAUAAAUGUGUCAGACGUAAAAGAUUCAGCUGCUGUUAGCUUUGGUUUUAUAAAAAUAUCUUUUUAAUGGUUUGUCAUUUUAAAGGGAACAUGGGGGUAUUGAGCUUUGACAUCGAACAUGGUUAUUUAAAAUAAAAACUGUGAUAUAACUUGCUUAGUUUUCC